AUGCUUGCAUUCUCCACUGCUCCUCUAUUCUCAAACAUGGGUUGGAACUUAGAGGACGAGCCCUUAAGCAAUAACCAUAACUAUUUCUGUAAAGAUACUGAAUCACACUCAUUUCCCCAUCAAUUCUCUUCAGCACAGCCACAAGUUGAGGUUGAAAGGUCUACACCAUCCCCACACCCUACCAUGGUCAAGAAGCUUAAUCACAAUGCUAGUGAACGUGAUCGUCGCAAGAAGAUCAAGAACUUGAUUUUUUCACUUCGUUCAGUUCUUCCAGUGGCAGAACAAACGAAAAAGAUGAGCAUUCCGGAAACAAUUUCGCGGGUCCUAAAAUACAUACCUGACUUACAACAGCAAGUUGAAGGACUAACUAAGAAAAAAGAGGAACUUAUAUCGAGAAUUUCUAAACAAGAAGAUGCAGUGAACAAAGAAUCUCAAAGGAAGAUUCCCCAUCAGAAUUCUGUUUUUGUAGUUUCAACAAGUAGGCUCAAUGAUUACGAGGCUGCUUUUCAGAUCUCCUCUUAUGAGGUCCACAAGACUCCACUAUCUGAGAUCAUACUAUUUCUAGAAAACAAUGGCCUUUUUCUGCUAAAUGCUUCUUCUUCUGAAACCUUUGGAGGAAGGGUCUUCUAUAACUUGCAUUUCCAGUUGGAAAAAACUCAGAUUAGAGCCUGA